ACGCCGGGACACCGAGUCCGCGCGCCACAUGGGACACAGGCGCACUGAAUGAAGCUUCCCCGCUGCCUCCGUCUCUGAGGCGGGAGAACGGAGCCGCCGCCGCCGCCACCGGCCAACCGGCACAUCCCCGCGGUUGCCUCUCCUUUUCGCUGUCGCUGAGCGUCCCCCACUGGGCGCCGCCAUGGUCGACAGGGGUCCCCUGCUCACGUCCGCGAUCAUCUUCUACCUGUCCAUCGGAGCAGCGAUUUUCGAAGUCUUGGAGCAGCCUUACUGGAAGCAAGCGACGAAGAGCUACAAGGACAAGAAAACGCAACUCCUCAAGGAUUUCCCUUGCCUGGGCCAGGAAGGGCUGGACAAGAUCCUGCAGGUGGUAUCAGAAGCUGCUGGGCAAGGGGUUUCUAUUGAUGCCAAUGACACCUUCAACUACUGGAACUGGCCUAAUGCUGUCAUCUUUGCUGCUACUGUGAUUACAACCAUUGGAUAUGGAAAUGUUGCUCCAAAGACUGCAGCUGGACGACUUUUCUGUAUAUUUUAUGGACUCUUUGGUGUUCCUCUCUGCUUAACAUGGAUCAGUGCUCUGGGAAAGUUUUUUGGAGGACGUGCCAAGAGGCUGGGCCAGUUCCUCACCAAGAGAGGAGUAAGCCUGAGAAAAGCACAAAUUACAUGCACUGCUAUUUUCAUCCUCUGGGGAGUCCUGAUCCACCUGGUUCUUCCUCCCUUUGUCUUUAUGGUGACUGAAGGCUGGGAUUAUAUUGAAGGUCUCUACUUCUCAUUCAUCACUAUUACCACCAUAGGAUUUGGAGACUACGUUGCUGGUGUGAAUCCAAAUAUGACCUACCAUUCACUCUACAGAUACUUUGUGGAGCUGUGGAUCUACCUAGGCUUAGCAUGGCUUUCUCUCUUUGUUAACUGGAAGGUCAGCAUGUUUGUUGAGGUCCACAAAGCAAUCAAGAAACGAAGGAAAAAAAGGAAGGAGUCCUUUGAGACCCAGCCUCCUACAAAAAAGCCUCUUCAGAUGUCUAACCCAAAAGAUGUGAACAUUUUCAGCUUCCUUUCCAAGAAGCAAGAGACUUACAAUGAUCUCAUCAAGCAGAUUGGAAAGAAGGGUCUGAAAACAAGCAAUGACAGAAUCCUAAAUGGAGAGCCAGUGAAGCCAGCCUUGCAACAUUCUAGCCAAGAUGUCAAAGUGAUGUACACAAGGAGCAAGUUAUUUGACUAUGAUGAGGUUUCUCUGGGACUCCAAAACUUUCAUGUUAUGAGGCAUCUAACUGAUAGGCGUAUUGGGGAUAGCCCAAUUGAGGGCGGUGGGUUUGUAAAUCAACUGGAUCGGAUCAGUGAGGAAGAAGGGGAAGCGUGGGACUCCAGGGACUAUCGGCCCCUGAUCUUUGAAAAUGCCAAUAUAACAUUCGUAAAUGAAGAUGAGGAUGAAGAGGAUAUUUCAGAUGAUGAAGAAACUUCAAAGUCAUCUAUGGAUGACAAUCUUACAGAGGAACCCGAGUCUCCAAAAAAACUGGUGACAUUUUCAUCCUCUGAUGAAUCUACAUUUACCAAUAAUGAUUUAGAGAUAUCUGUGCCUUAUGAGCAGCUAAUGAAUGAAUACAACAUAGUGAAUACUGCAAAAGCUGCAACGUGAACAACAGCUUUUCCUUUUCGUUACUGGUUUCCUGAAGAUCAUUUAACACAGAUUUGAAAAGAUGAACAUGCAUGAAGAGGAAGAAGAGGAGGUUGUACCAUGUUUGGCAUUUUCCACUGCCACCACCUCCUUGCAUUAGCAUACUGAAAGCGUUGAACAGCUGAAUGUUGUCUCUAGUUGAUUGUUACUCAGUUUGAUUACUCACUGUGAAGUGACAAUUCUAAAAACUUGAGGGUUCCUUUUCCCUUUGGGGAGUUGGUCAUGCUUGAAGUUAGGAAGAAAAGCCUAGAGUUAUUGGGCCUAUUCAGUAUUUGAUGAAGAAUGACGUUCUGAUUUUGAAAUCAGACUGGUUUGGAUUGAUUGUAUGUAUAACAUGGCUGGUUACUGCACUAACUCUUGAUUUCUGAAAAACUGAAUUCAGAUCACGUCUAGGCACAGAGUGGAAAAUGUUGAUUGUUUCAUGCAAGCUCAAAAUCACACAAUGAAGGUCUCUUUCCAUUCUCCUUCAAAGGGAUGCUUUGAACCAGAAGGGCUGAGUAUCUAAAGGUCAGAGUUGAGAUACAUUGGCAGUCCUGACUAGGGAACUUGAACAAUAAGAAACUAUCUGCAGUUAAAUCUGGUGAUAAUGAAAAGUACAUAUGACUAAUAUUUAAAAUUUAGCAACAGAUUGGUGCGAGAUUGCAGGUGACAGAUUUAAAAUGAAGAAAAGCACAGUGGCAAACUUGUGUUUUGCAUCAGAAGUGCCCUUCCAUUGUCCAUAGUCUACAGAAAAUACUUGAAUUUCAUGUGCUUGUGUCUCCUAAGUGAAGUUUGGUGACACUGCCCUUUUGAAUGACUGAUUUUUUUAUAUAUAAAAAAUGCAAAACACAGCCUGAAUACCUUGAUGUACACCUGAACAGCCUAAGAGCUGUUUUGUUAUAUUCAUUGUCUCUCUGAUUCUAAAACAUUCCAUUUUUCUCCACUCCAUUUGAUACUUUAGAGUAGAUGUAUAUCUGUUAUGGGCACACAAUGUUGUUGGUUUUUUAUAUAUAUUUCUGCUGUAUUUCAACUGCUUUCUAAGUAAAAUGAAAAUGUUAACUAGCAUUUGGGGAGAGUAUGAGAAGACUUAUAAAAGCAGCAGUAGCUGGAUAUCAUGGCAAAGGGCUUUAUCUGAUCAUUGGCUUUGCAUGGCAGAGAAAUAAUUUACUCGGUGGCUGGUAUUCCUUUUUAAAUUACAUUGGAGCAGAGUUACAAUGAUGAACAAUCUAAGCAAGUGUUCUAGCCUAAGUGUUCUAGAUCACAGUCCUAGAGAUGUUUGAAGAUCAGGUUGUAAGUCACUCCAGUGUAGAUUUUAAUUGUACUUCCUCCUGUUUUGAUCUGAAAUGGAAGAAUUAGUGGGUGAUGAAAAUCUUUGGGAGGAGGAUUUUUGAAUCUGACUUGGUAAGAAGGGCCAAGUGGAAUUUUCGCAGUGCUGAUCUUGAAUGAUUAGAUAUACUCAAACUUCUCUUUUUGACUACUGUUUGGCUUCUGAAGAAUGGGGAAGAGGUGUAGCAUUCCCUUUAUUAGAAAAUGUCUGUGGAAGGACAGCUCAAAGGCAUUAGCUGGAAAAGAUGGUCUGUUCAUUUCUGUUUGGAAAUGUGUACUGUAUAUGCAAGGAAGGUUGCAAGAGGAGAAAAGAAAUAAGAAGGAACCCAAAACUUCUAUUUUCUCACACUUUCUAGACAGGAAAUUGUUCCAUUGGAUUUGCCAGUGUUAUCUUAUGCAUUAUGUAAUGUAUAGCUGAAAUAAGGCCAGGAGGCUAGUGAUGUUUCUCUUAGAUGCUUUUUAAUAUUUAGACUGACCCUUUGCAGGCAUGACUUAUUUUUACCUCUGUAAAACAACAUUUGGCUUCAAACAGUUUCACAACUCACAAAAUGUUGUCCUGCUGUUUUUAUCAGUGACAGUGUUCCUCAUAUUAAUAGCAGUUAAUACUCUAAGUACUGAAUUGUGUCCCAUUUUUGUUACAGAAGUGCAAAUCAUUUUUAUGAAAAUAACUUCAUAAUGUUGACAUUGUAUUCUGGUGUGUCUUCCAUGAAUGAAUGACUUAAAGGUUUCUCUCUGUACUAAAAGAGGUACAGAACGAUGCACACAAUGAAAUUUCUUUUAGUGUCAAGAUCAGUAUAGGAACAGCCAAGAAACAAUGUAUACCGUAAUUCCCUUGAAACAUUACAUCUUCUUGGUGUGGCUGUUGUGUUGUUUAGUGCAUAGGCAGGCAAAAACAAAAUGAUAGGAACUUGAAGCUGAGGUCUCCAUCUUAAGGUUCACCUGUACAUCUACAGGUGAGCUUGUGUGUCCCGGUGAAAACAUAGGUUAGGUACUGCUCUUUAGAUGUGAUUAACACCUUCCUAGGAAAUUUUCUGCAUUUUAGGAACUUUACCAACUUCCAAGGAAACCUUAUCCUUGUUUCAUGUGAAGACAAAUUUUAUAGAUACAAGGACUUCAAUUUUCUGCCUAGUGCCUGGUUAAAAUCAAAGUGGACAUGUGUGAAGCAACUGGAUCAUCUGGUAGAAUCUUACCUCUGAACAAAUCCACCAUGUGCCUUGCAAUGGGUGUUGUUGUUUUUUUGGUCAUAAAGUGGCCAGCCCAAAAGGCUAUAUGCAUAACUUACUGGAUCAUGGUUUUUAGCUGCUGAAAGCUAUUCAUUUACCCUUCACUCUUCUAUGAUUCUACCCAUUAGUUGUUGGUUUCUUUCUUUACCUAGCAUUCAUUAAACAAUGGAGUCACCUUAGACCUACCAGAGGACUGGUUUGCAUUAGCACUCUACUGGUCUGAAGUACUGUCUUCCAUGUUUAGUGGAGCUUCAGUCUUUUCAGUCUAAAUCCCUUUGAAGUGCCUUUGACUAGCUUGAAUUCUCAGCUACGUAUUGAGAAGGAUUUGCAUAAUGUGAAAACAAGCGAGAGUGUUAGGUUUGGAAACUUCUUCUUCUCCUCUUCCUGAGAGCAGGGAAUCUCCGCUUUACGUUCAUGAUAAAUUAUAUAGGUGCUUAUGGAAGGGAUUUUUUUUUU